GCUCAGCGCUACUGAGGCUUGAAGCUUGAAGGCUUGAAGGUUAUCUCCUUUGCAAGAUUAUUUGAUCAGAAUAUUUUUUAAUGGCAGACUUCCCUGGUGGCACAGUGGUUAAGAGUACGCCUGUCAAUGCAGGGGACAUGGGUUCGAGCCCUGCUCCGGGAAGAUCCCACAUGCUGCGGAGCAACGAAGCCCCUGCACCACAACUACUGAGCCUGUGCUCUAGAGCCCGUGAGCCACAACUACUGAGCCCACAUGCCACAACUACUGAAGCUGUGCACCUAGAGCCCGUGCUCUGCAGCAAGAGAAGCCACUGCAGGGAGAAGCCCUCACACCGCAAUGAAGAGUAGCCCCGCUCGCCGCUAGAGAAAGCCCACACGCAGCAAUGAAGACCCAAUGCAGCCAAAAAUAAAAAUAAAUAAAAUAAAAUUUUUAAAAAAGAAAGAAAAGCCUUAUGAUAAAAUAAGCCAUAGCUAUUUAAACAAAGAAUGUUUUUUAAUAAAAGUCGCUAUAAAACUGAUUUUUACAUGGAAACAACUGUGGAAAUGUGGACAAAUCACAGUCAUUUGCUCUAACUCAGUCAAGAUCAGUGGUUCAGACACGUGUUCAACUUUAACCGGAAUGAGAGUCUUAUCUGCUGGUGUGCCUUAUCUGGACACGAUUUUUAGACUUAAACCAGGUAUCAGUCAAUGCCAUGCCUGCCUUAGAAGAAAGUUGUGGCAGAGAAGUAUAUUUUGGUCUUUGUCCCCAGUUUCUGGCAUAGAGCUCCUAAAACCCUUGGAAUUUCCUGAGCGAUACGAGUGGCCUUCUGCUAUUCACAGCUACACAUCAAUCUGAGGCUGGAUUUUCUUCAUAUACCUCAACCAAAACAAUAUACAGCAGCAGACUAAAUGCUGAAGUGGAUGUGAGAAUCCAGCUACUUCUGAACUGCUGCUGCCAUCUUGGUUCCAGCCUGAGCAGGAAGCAAGCACUCAAAAGGCCGGAGCAGAGAGAUGGAAAAAACCCUGCAUCCAAGGUCAACAACCCAAAUGGAAAGUGAGAAAAGUACGUGAAGACAAAGUUCACAGAAAAGGAAAAACAACCCCCAGGUCCGGAGGCGGGGGCCCGGCGACCGACUCCCGGGCCGGACUUCGCGGUGGGGCCGCCGCCCGCGAGUCCUAUAGAGCCACCUGAGCCGGAGCCCGGAGAACGCAGUCGCUCCUCGCUGUCCGAGUCCCGCGCGCCGCGAUGGGCCGGGGGAGCCGGCCGCCGCCGCCUCUGCUGCUGCUGAUGCUACUGCUACUGCUACCGCCGUCUCCGAUUCGGGCUCUCGCCCCUCGGAUCAGCCUGCCUCUGGGCUCUGAAAAGCGGUCACUGCUCAGAUUUGAAGUGGAUCACAUCUCCAACUAUACAGCCCUCCUGCUGAGCAGGGAUGGCAGGACUCUAUACGUGGGUGCUCGAGAGGCCCUCUUUGCACUCAACAGCAGCGUCAGCUUCCUGCCAGGCGGGGGGUACCAGGAGCUGCUGUGGAGCGCAGAUGCAGAGAGGAAACAGCAGUGCAGCUUCAAGGGCAAGGACCCACAGCGGGACUGUCAAAACUACAUCAAGAUCCUCCUGCCACUCAACAGCAGCCACCUGUUCACCUGUGGCACCGCGGCCUUCAGCCCCGUGUGCACCUACGUUAACGUGGAGAACUUUACUCUGGCACAGGACGUGGUGGGGAACAUCCUCCUGGAAGAUGGCAAGGGCCGUUGUCCCUUUGACCCCAAUUUCAAGUCCACGGCCCUGGUGGUGGAUGGCGAGCUGUACACUGGAACAGUCAGCAGCUUCCAGGGGAAUGACCCAGCCAUCUCACGGAGCCAAAGCCUCCGCCCCACCAAGACUGAGAGCUCCCUCAACUGGCUACAAGACCCAGCGUUUGUGGCCUCAGCCUACAUUCCCGAGAGCCUGGGCAGCCUGCAAGGGGACGAUGACAAGAUCUACUUCUUCUUCAGCGAGACUGGUCAGGAGUUUGAGUUCUUUGAGAACACCAUCGUGUCCCGCAUUGCCCGUGUCUGCAAGGGUGAUGAGGGGGGCGAGCGGGUCCUGCAGCAGCGCUGGACGUCCUUCCUGAAGGCCCAGCUGCUGUGCUUGCGGCCUGACGAUGGCUUCCCGUUCAACGUACUGCAAGACGUCUUCACGCUGAGCCCCAGCCCCCAGGAAUGGGGUGACACCCUCUUCUACGGGGUCUUCACAUCCCAGUGGCACAGGGGGACCACAGAAGGCUCUGCCAUCUGUGUCUUCACCAUGAAGGACGUGCAGAGGGCCUUCAAUGGCCUCUACAAGGAGGUGAACCGCGAGACGCAGCAGUGGUACACCGUGACCCACCUGGUGCCUUCGCCCCGGCCCGGCGCGUGCAUCACCAACAGCACCCGGGAAAGGAAGAUCAGCUCGUCCCUGCAGCUCCCCGACCGUGUGCUGAACUUCCUCAAGGACCACUUCCUGAUGGAUGGGCAGGUCCGCAGCCGCCUGUUACUCCUGCAGCCCCAGGCCCGCUACCAGCGUGUGGCUGUCCACCGCGUCCCUGGCCUGCAGCGCACCUACGACGUCCUCUUCCUAGGCACUAGUGACGGCUGGCUGCACAAGGCGGUGAGCGUGGGCCCCGGGGUGCAUAUCAUCGAGGAGCUCCAGAUCUUCUCAUCAGGACAGCCUGUGCAGAACCUGCUCCUGGAUGCCGACAGGGGACUGCUGUAUGGUGCCUCACACUCGGGUGUGGUCCAGGUGCCCGUGGCCAACUGCAGCCUGUACCAGAGCUGCGGGGACUGCCUCCUGGCCCGGGACCCCUACUGCGCUUGGAGCGGCUCCAGCUGCAAGCACGUCAGCCUUUACCGGCCUGCGAUGGCCUCCAGGCCAUGGAUCCAGGACAUCGAGGGGGCCAAUGCCAGGGAACUCUGCAACACUUCCUCGUCCAAGGCCCGGACUUUUGUACCAAGAGGUGAGAAGCAUUGUGAGCCAGUCCAGUUCCAGCCCCACACAGUGAACACCUUGGCCUGCCCCCUCCUCUCCAACUUGGCAACCCGGCUCUGGCUGCACAACGGGGUCCCCAUUAAUGCCUCGGCCUCCUGCCGCGUGCUGUCCACCGGGGACCUGCUGCUGGUGGGCAGGCAGCAGGAGCUGGGGGAGUUCCAGUGCUGGUCACUGGAGGAGGGCUUCCGGCAGCUGGAGGCCAGCUACUGCCCAAAGGUGGUGGAGGACGCAGUGGCAGACCGAGCAGACCAGAGUGGCAGCGUGCCCGUCAUCAUCAGCACGUCUCGGGUGAGCGCGCCGGCCGGGGGCAGGGCCAGCUGGGGCGCAGACAAGUCCUACUGGACCGAGUUCCUAGUGAUGUGCGCGCUGUUCGUGUUCGCCAUGGUGCUCUUCAUUUUAUUCUUCCUCUACCGGCACCGGGGCGGCAUGAAAGUCUUCCUGAAGCAGGGGGAGCGUGCCAGCGUACACCCCAAGACGCGCCCAGGGGUACUGCCACCUGAGACCCGGCCGCUCAAUGGCGUGGGCCCCCCUAAUACCCCACUCGACCACCGAGGCUACCAGGCUCUGUCGGACAGCUCCCCAGGGCCCCGGGUCUUCACAGAGUCAGAGAAGAGGCCGCUCAGUAUCCAGGACAGCUUCGUGGAGGUGUCCCCGGUGUGUCCCCGGCCCCGGGUCCGCCUGGGCUCUGAAAUCCGGGACUCCGUGGUGUGAGAGCAAACUUCUAGAGGCAGCCUCCCUCUAGGGGCCAGGAGUGCUCAGAGAGGGUCGGCUGGACCCCUGCUCCUCGUGGAACACAGCCGCGGUGCCCAGCCCUUGGGAGCGAUGGAGCCAGCUUGCCUGGUGUCAAGCAACAAGGCCCCUCCACCCCAGAUGGCCACAGCCCCACAGGGCCUGGCUGAAGAUCGGGGCCUGCCCGGGUGGGCAGAACAGUGCUCCUUAUGAAACUGAGCCCUUUGUUUCAAAACAGUUGAAAAUGUGAAACAAGAGAAAACAGUGAGAGAACACAGAAUGCCAUGCACACGGCCGGCCCAGUCUCCAGACUGGGAGGGCUCAUCCAAAGUGGUCGUUGGAGACAGAGUUGGACAUCCCACACCAACUGGCCUCUUCCACCUUCCGCCUUAUCCUACUGCCACAGGCUGCCCCUUCUCACGGCAGAGCCAGGGGCCAGCUCGGGCUCCAGUGGGUCCAGCCUCGCCAGCUGGCCAAGUUGUUGCAGCCAUCAUCCUGUCACCUCAGGGACUGGAGGACCACACUGGCACCAGAGCCCUCACGACGCGCUGGGCUCAGACCCACCUCCUGGACCUUUCCGGCCUGUAUCAGGCUGCGGCCACAUGAGAGACAGAGGGCAGCGUGAGCCCAGGAGAGAGUAUAUGACAAUGUACACCUUCCCUCGGAAUUCCAGGAAGACUGUUGCCUGCCUUCCUCCAUCCCAGCCUGCAAACCUGUGUCCCUUUUCCCCACACCUGCCCUGGCCUCCUCUUCAAAACCAGUCCCCAGUUCACCCCUACACCUUGCAGCCUCCACUCUAAGGGAUGUUGAUACUGCCCAGCACAGGGGCCCUGAGUUUAUGUGGGUUUUGUAUUCUUUUUAAUAAAAUGCACUUUACUUUUUUUUUUUUUUAAUAAAAUCUAAAGAAUUGAAAUUGAA